UCCUACCAAGAAAAAGCCAGCUUAAUCCCAUUUUGAAACGGCUGUGCGACGUACCAUCACCAGCAGACAUGGUCAGUCAGAACUCAACUCGUGUAAUCCGAAGGGACCACUGCUCCAUGGUACACAUGGUAUACAUAUGAUACUAUUGACAUGAUGUUGAUGCUGUUCCCUUCCUCUUUAUCAGUGUUAAGCUGGCAGUGUGUGCUGCUGGUGCUAGUGCUCGUGUUGGUACCGGAACAUGUACUGGUGGCGGUGGGUGCUUUAUCCUGUCCUACCGGUACAGGUAGUGAGAAUGGAACUUCUACUAGUAGUACCGGUAGUGAUUUCUGUGGGAGUCUUCUGUAUCCUGGUUCCAAGUGUGUGAAUGGCUUUUGCAGCAAUCCCUUCGAACAGGGAUGUCUGUACACUCUGCUGAAUAGUCCAGAACAAGUCCUGAAUGCCUAUGGUCUUAAGUCCCAAAGCAAUCAGUUUUCUGCCUUGCUCAAGAAAAUCAGGAGCCAAAAGCGCAUUUGCAACAGUCAAGAUCCUCCUGAUGCUGAAAAAAAUGGAGUCUGUGCCAACUACACCAACCAUCCAAACUAUAGCUUUCUGGUGGAUGCCUACACUGAAGUCAGGAUCCAUGGCCAGAAUUGGGCUUCUUCAGUCGCCAAUGCAUGGAUGCUGCAGAUGAUACUCAGUGAAAUUCUUAUGGUGCCCGUCAGUCUAGAAACAGGAGGAUAUGACUUGACUGUAGACUUUUAUGAUCCACAAAACACUUUGCAAUUUGUUCCAGAUGUAGAUCACUGGGAAACACUUACCACAGCUGCUGAUGCACCCAACGGGGAUUGCCAGCAAGUGCAGCAACAAGGGAGUCAACAAAAGGCCACCAACAAGAACCAAAAAUACUGGCUCAGCUGUGCUCAUGUCAUCCCUGAAUAUUGGGACAAUGAAGGAUCGGGACAAAACACUACUCAUGGAGUUGAUCAGAUGCAAGAUAUGGGGAUCAUUGAACGUACACAGCCCUUGGGGGCAGUGGGGUAUCGAGGUCUAUACGUCACCAAAUUCACUGCCGUGGAAGAACCAUCGAUAACCUCCUAUUUGGGCCUGACCGGAGAACAAACCCGAGAAAAACUCGCAGACUUGUUCAAGUAUCCAACAACUUGGAAGGAUUACUGCGAAUUUGUAUCUAACAAUUCUUGUACAGAACCUGAUCACACCGCACAACGACCUCCUCGAGACCAAGGCGAAGGAGAAAGGUAUCAUGUCAAGGGGCUCUAUAAAGGAUACUUUCGGACACUCACGUCCAACAAUUGCACAACAAAUCCAACCACGUGUACGGGACACGUUGCCGAUGUUCCCUGUCUCAGUACGCUCGGACCGUCGCUCCUCGCACCAUGGAUCUACCAUUUGAAUAUUCCACUUACAAGCCAGCAAUACACGUACCCGCAAAGAUUAGAAUUAUGGGAUGCCGCCAAUGCCACAAAGUCACAUUUUUUGACCAUUGACAGCGCACCAGACGGGGCAAGCGCUAAAUACGCAUCCACUGAAACCGAGUUGCUCAGAAUUACCUUCCCCAAUCCGACUUUGGAGUGCCGUCAAUCCAGAGAGAAUUACACACAAUUUUUUACCUGCCACUCCGACAACCCUCUUGAUGUCUUUGGGAAACCCGAGGGAGCCUGCGAUUACUUUCCGUAUUCAUUACAAAUGCUACUGGCAACGUCUUUGCGAUCCAGUUCAAAACCCUCCAAUCAACCCGCGGCAGUCCACAGUCCAGCCUUUGAUGCCAUCCGAGACUACAGAAUGUCACACCUGCAAAUGGGAGAAAUACUCAAAGCAUGGGUGGACAGAGAUAUUGAUUCCACUGGGUUCGACCCACGCCUCGCUACCUGCAAAUUUUUUUACAGUCAUCUGGACGAGAUCAUCGAGCAUGUGAUUCCGCCUUCGUAUCCACGCGUACUACAAGACUAUGUCGUGUAUCAGGGAGCACUUGACAAGGCCGCAUUGACCAUUGGGGGAUUUGCGACACUCAUGACGAUUGUGACUUCGAUUUUCGUCUUUAUGCGGCGGGAAAGCACGGUCAUGAAACACGCUCAAGUGGACUUUCUUUUCAUUCUGCUCUUGGGGCUGCUCUUGGUAUCCUGCGCGUCCAUUGUCAAUGCCCUCGAACCCUCCAAUGGUUCCUGCGUUGCUUCUGUAUGGCUUCUUGAGCUCGGGUACACCCUUGAGUUGGUACCGUUGAUUGUUAAGGUAACGGCAAUCAACAGGUUAUUAAGUGCCGCCAAGAAGAUGAAACGAGUUCAGAUCAAACGCGCCAAUCUGUUUGCCGUUGUCAUUGGGUUCGCCACCUUCACGAUUAUUGGAAUGACCGUUUGGACGAUUGUGGAUCCACCAAAACCUCGAACGGAUUUCACCUUGGAGGACCAAGUCAAUGAUCAAGGAGAGACACUUGUCGCCUAUUCAAGGCAUUGUAGUUCAGAGUCGGAUUAUUGGCUGUACACCGCCAUGUUGUUUCAUUUUAUGCUGCUCAUGUGGGCCGCCGUCUUGGCCUUUCAGACACGAAGAACCCCCCAACGCUUUCGGGAGUCAACCGUGUUAGCAGCCGUGAUAUACUCUCAGUGUGCAUUUGUAGCGUUUCGAGUGGUCCUGUUGGCUCUUGCAUCAAGCACGGUGUCGCCGGUGAUCAAUAGCGGGUUGGUGAGCAUUGCUACGGCAUUGGAUUCCCUGGUGACUCUUUGUAUCUAUUUCAUCCCCAAGCUGUUCUUUUUUCAAAAGGCAACCUCAGAAGGAUCGAGUGCCACAGCUCCGAAAGUCUAUCAAUGGCCUCCAUCGUCGCCUCCUACCCUACCAUCCAACACAAAUGGUUACGUAUCAUCCGACAACGAAUCUGCUGGUGGUGAGCACAAUCACAACAAUUUGUCCAACCAUAAAGGUUACCAACCAAAGCAGGAGCAUCGACGAGAUUACGAGCUCCUGCAAGAGGAGAAGUCUAUAGCAACAAGACUAAUAGCGGAUUUGCAAACGGAGAAGGAGUCAAUGAGACGUGAAAUGAAGACGUUGAGUGACGAGAAUGAAGCGCUGAAUGGCAGGGUGGAAGAGUUAGAAGAGGAAGUGGCGUUACUUAGUAACACCAGUAGCAGAAACAAGGAUGUUGAGGAAACCCCACCAGACGAAGACAUCGAGGGGGCUGAAAUCCGAGAAGAAGAAUUUUUCUCAACGACGAAUGGUUCUUUGGCGUCCUCGUUGUUCGACGACCACAUGUACGUCUGACCAGGGGGGUCCACAGCCAGUGCGGGCAAAUUGCGGGGGUGGCAAGUUCGUGGUCAAGAUCGAAAGUCAAUACUAGAUGUAUAAUAGCGCUCUGUAAAUCGGAGUAUGUCUCUCGACAAUGCUGAAGUCUGCCACCGUACGCUGGCCUGGGCUUCCUGUCUUUUGGCUAUAAUAGAUAGUUGAACUAGCAUCACAAGCCAAAGGGAAGCCAAUCGUCGCUUCAAUGCAUCAAUACAAAAAUGAACG